AUGGACUCUAAAGCAAACUUAAGCAUCGUUAAUUGGGACCUGGUUAGGAUAGAAAAACGGAACCCUGGAACUAACAAGUUUCGCGAUCCGAGUGACAUGCUCAAGAAUAUCAUUGGGUUUUUACGUUCCGACGCUAAUUUGGUAGGGCACAACCUAUGGAAACUCGAUUAUGCUACUGGGUUAAUCGAAGCAACCUACAACGGGCUUCUAUAG